AAUAGAAAUAAAAAUCAUUACUCGUUAAAUCAAACUUUCUCAAUAUUAUCAUUUCCUUGUUUUCUCUCUCUCUCCUCCAAAUUGCUUCAAUGGUAUCUCUUCAAUCCCCUGGUUCAACAUCAUGCCUCCACGCAAGAACUGGAGUUUCACACCCUCCUCUCAGCUGCGCAACCAAAGUUUUUGUUGGAUUAAAGCCUCAAUCUUCAAGUCCUUUUGGAAGUGCCAGACCUAAUUUAACGGUUAAUUUCUAUGAUAAAGUUUAUAAGAGUCUACAUUCCACAUGUAGUAAGAGUAAACCAACACGAGGAAGGGUCAACAUGAUGCCUAUUGGAACCCCCAGAGUACCUUAUAGAACCCCUGGUGAGGGUACUUGGCAAUGGGUGGACCUAUGGAAUGCCCUUUACCGUGAACGUGUCAUCUUCAUCGGGCAACAUAUAGAUGAAGAAUUCAGCAACCAAAUACUGGCAACAAUGUUGUAUCUGGACAGUAUUGAUGAUGGCAAGAGACUAUAUAUGUAUAUCAAUGGUCCUGGUGGGGAUCUAACUCCAAGUUUGGCAAUCUACGACACAAUGUCAAGCUUAAAAAGUCCUAUUGGCACACAUUGUGUUGGUUACGCCUAUAAUUUGGCUGGAUUUCUCCUAACAGCUGGUGAGAAGGGUCAUCGUUUUGCAAUGCCUCUUUCGCGAAUUGCCCUACAAUCUCCUGCUGGUGCUGCUCGUGGCCAGGCUGACGACAUCCGAAAUGAAGCUGAUGAACUUCUUCGGAUCAGAGAUUAUCUCUACAAGGAGUUGGCCAAAAAUACAGGCCAACCAGUAGAAAAGAUUAACCAAGAUUUAAGUCGAGUGAAGCGUUUUAAUGCCCAGGAGGCUCUUGAAUAUGGGCUUAUUGAUCGUGUAGUUCGGCCACCUCGUAUUAAGGCUGAUGCACCUAGGAAAGAUUCAACAGCAGGACUUGGUUAGUGUGUGUGUCUGCUGUUAUGCAAUGUAGUUAACCCUGUUGCCAUUCUGAUUGGCUGUAUUGAUCGGAAUGUGCUGUUUAGUCGAUAUAGUGUUGAGAUUUAUAUUACUUGAUUCCAAGGUUGAUAUUCUCUUUUUUGUUGGA